AUGGGAAUCAUGCUGUUAAACAUGAACAUGCGUCAUUUGCGUGAAGUAUCCGCUACCAUAUUUCAUUGUCUUCAUUCGCUCGACGACCACCGCCCGGCUGUUGAUGUCCAGUGUCUUGAUCACAUACACCGAAACUCGUUAGCCGCUCGAUCCCACUCUUACAACAAUCUAUCGGCUAUGAAACAGAUAUUUUUCCUCCUAUUGGCUGGUCUUGCCGUAGCCGAAAUUCAAGUGUCCGAGUCCUCAUCUCUCGAUUCUGAACCGUUGGUGAAUCUUCCAGAAGAAGAUGUACGAAUCAUACCUACACAUAUCGACAUCGUCAAGUUGAGGGAAGCCUACGCGACUGUGAACGCCGGCGAGCGAUUCCUUCCUGCACCAAGUCGCUUGCCAAUCGGUCUCCUCCAGGAGCAAAAACGCAAAUAA